AUGAUGCGUGACACCGGCACCAUACUGUCCGGUUCCGCUGCUGCCAGACUGUUACUCGUCGACGCUUUGUGGCAGCCUAAUGACUACAAUCUAUACACGCCACAUAGUCACAACUUACCGGGUUUCGUGAUCGAAUAUGUCAUAGAUGCAUCAGACGAGGAGAAUCAGGAGCAACCGUACCCCUGGUUGAAACAGGGAAUGGACCGUAUGGCUCGAAUCACCGGACCAAACAUCCGCGUCGAUCUUAUGCGUAGCCACAACGAAUCGGCCUUCUACCCACUAUGCUUCUUCUGGUCGACCAUCAUCAUGAACGUGAUCUCCGCUGACGCGAUCGUGUCGGCAUACCCCACACAUCUUCUCAGCCGUCGCAGUAUUUGCUCAUACACCAUCAGUGAUUAUCGGUAA